GCUGACAAACUGACAUCUAUUGUUGUAAAGGUGCUCACUCAGGCUAACAACCACUGCAGUGAGCUAGCCGGCCGGUUGCGAGCGGGAGUGCAGAGUCGUACAUGUACCCUAGAUCUGACUAGUCAGUCAAUCCGAGAUUGCAAUUCUCCCGUCCCGUGGUCUCUACCUCCAUUCCAUGCCACAACCACCACCACCACUGCAUUCUCAAACGAGCAGUGCCUGAACCCAAGUGCAGUGCAGCAGCCAUGGGAGCAGCAGCAGGUGGCCACGCGCUGCGCGCCGUCGGCGACGUCGUCUCGUUCCCCGCGACCGUCGCCGCCUUCGUGGAGGCGCUGCUCCAGGGCUGGGCCGAGGCCAGGGCCGGGCUGCUGGUGCCGCUGCUCCGCGCCGCGGUGCUGCUGUGCACGGCCAUGUCGCUGAUCGUGCUGGCCGAGAAGGUGUUCCUGGGCGCGGUCAGCUCCGUGGCGAAGCUGCGGCGCCGGCGUCCGGGGCGGGUGUGCAGGUGCGACCCCGACGAGGAGGCGGCUGCGGCAUCCCAGGCCUAUCCCAUGGUGCUCGUCCAGAUCCCCAUGUACAACGAGAGGGAGGUUUACCAGCUAUCAAUAGAGGCAGCCUGCAGGCUCACAUGGCCGGUAGAUCGACUAAUAGUGCAGGUGCUGGACGACUCCACCGACUCCGUCAUCAAGGAGCUGGUGAAGGGCGAGUGCGAGCGGUGGGCCACGGAGGAGGGGAUCAACGUCAAGUACGAGACGCGCAAGGACAGGGCCGGGUACAAGGCCGGCAACCUCAAGGAGGGGAUGCGCCACGCCUACGUGCGCGCCUGCGAGUUCGUCGCCAUGUUCGACGCAGACUUCCAGCCGCCGCCGGACUUCCUCGUCAGAACCGUCCCGUUCCUCGUCCACAACCCCAGCCUCGCGCUCGUGCAGACACGCUGGAAGUUCGUGAAUGCCAACGACUGCUUGCUGACGAGAAUGCAGGAGAUGUCCAUGGACUACCAUUUCAAGGUGGAGCAGGAAGCUGGCUCUUCCUUAUGCAACUUCUUUGGAUACAACGGAACCGCUGGAGUAUGGAGAACGCAAGCGAUCGUCGAGUCCGGGGGCUGGGAGGACCGAACCACUGCUGAGGACAUGGACUUGGCGCUGAGAGCAGGGCUCCUGGGCUGGGAGUUCGUCUACGUUGGAAGCAUAAAGGUUAAGAGUGAGCUGCCGAGCACUCUCAAGGCGUACCGGUCCCAGCAGCACCGCUGGUCAUGCGGACCUGCCCUCCUGUUCAAGAAAAUGUUCUGGCAAAUUCUCGCUGCCGAGAGAGUGUCGGUCUGGAAGAAGUGGUACAUGGUCUAUGACUUCUUCAUUGCCCGGAGAAUCGUAGGCACCUUCUACACGUUCUUCUUUUUCAGCGUCCUGAUUCCUCUGAACAUUCUGCUACCCGAAGCGCAGAUUCCUGUGUGGGAGCUCAUCUAUAUCCCCAUAGCUAUCACUCUUCUCAACUCUGUUGGGACUCCAAGGUCUAUCCAUCUGGUCAUACUGUGGGUCUUGUUCGAGAACGUAAUGGCGUUGCAUCGGUUUAAAGCCAUCUUGAUAGGGUUUCUCGAAGCUGACAGGGCCAACGAAUGGAUCGUGACGCAAAAGCUGGGGAAUCUGCAGAAGCUGAAAUCGAUCGCCAGACUUACAGGAAGCUACCGUUUCAAAGACAGGUUCCAUUUCCUGGAGGUGUUCAUUGGGCUGUUCCUUUUGGCCUCUGCGUGCUUUGACUACUUAUACAGAGAUGACUAUGUUUACCUCUUUGUUCUUCCCCAAUCGAUCAUGUAUUUCGCGAUUGGGUUUCAGUUCGUUGGUCUCAAUGUCUCUGAAGACUGACCAAUUGCAAGACAACUGAACGUUUUGGUUGCGAUAUUAUGAUUGCUCGGGUCAAGGUUCUUGUAUCGAUGGUCUACAGAAGGGCAGGUUUGUGUGCGAUCUAGUAGAUACGUCAUACUUCAGGAGAGGAUAAGCACACGCUGGAGGUUGAGACGAAUCUAUUAUAAUCCAGUAGGUGCCAAAAAAAUGCAUCUAAAACCUGUUGAUGUGUCUGGAAAACACAACCAGUGUAUUUAGAUAUAAGAGUUGUGUACCGACGAUCAGAUCUUGCUGGUAGUAUGCUUGAAGGGAAAAUACUGAGUACAGCCACACUUUCGAUGGAAUUAGGCCUAAUGAGUGGCUACAGUUCUGCUCA